AGAGCUGUCCACACUAACACUAUACAGAAGAGUUGACUAUUACAGCCUCAGAUGUAAAAUAUGAGUGUCUGUUGUGACGAGUGUUCUUUCCAUCAUUCACGAUAGCAUAGUUUAAUAACAUAAACCACAGUGUGCCUUGCCUAGUUUAGACGUUCAUGUAAAACAUGUAAGGGACCUGGUGUCAGAUCCACCCCUAUAUUAAACUGCAGAAGUUAUUCCUGGUCUUCAGUAAUUCUGCAGGCUGACCUGUGGUUUGCUGGAGGGGGAGCGUCCAGUGCUGGUGUUCAUCAAGUCCUCUCGCAGCAGCAUUUUUCAUUUUGAGGGAGUUUCAGCGCUGAGCCUCAGACAUUCACAGGGUUUAACAGGAGCAGAAGCAGAAAAGGAUCCACAACACAAGGACAUUCAGUCCUCCAAGAUGAAGAACCCAGGACAUGCAGUUCUGCUGUCAGUGUUCCUCUGUCAGAUUUACAUCACCUCAGCACAGGACUGUCCCAGUAAGCAGGAGCUCCAGAACUCCCUCCAUCAGGCCCAGAAGCUGCUGUCGGCGCAGGAAUCCUCAUACCUGCAGAGUCUCCGCACACUGAAGAAGAAGCUCAGCCUCCUGCAGGACAGUGUUGUUCAGCUGCCUGCUAAACCCAGGAACCUCACCUGUCCUGCCCUGGACACUCCGGCCCAUGGCAGAAAGCUGGGGAAAGUUCUGUUUCCUGGUCAUGAGGCUCACUUCCUGUGUGACGCCGGCUACGAGCUGCUGGGGUCCGAGACGCGGCAGUGCAGAGACUCGCUCAGCUGGAGCGGCCAGCAGCCCGUCUGCAGAGAAAUCGACGAGUGUCUUUCAUCGCCCUGCGCCAACGCCGGCACCUGUACAGACGAGGUCAACGGGUUCAGCUGUGUGUGCCCAAAGGGCUGGGCCGGACCCGCGUGCCAGUCGCCAACACCCACCUUUCUGGUCACUGUAAUGAACUCGCCUGCGGUCACCGCUGCGCCCGCCUUCACCCGUCCCGCCCGAUGCAGCGCGGUGCAAGGAACCACUGUCUGCAGCUGUGAGCCGGGAUUCAGCGUCUCCGGCCGUGACAGCAGCGUCUGCACAGACAUCGACGAGUGUAAACUCUUCCACAACGGGCCGGCGGGGCGCUUAUGUCUGCACACGUGUGUGAACACUGCUGGAGGGUACCGGUGCUCCUGCCCCGCCGGGUACAACCUGACCCGCGACGGACGCAACUGCAAAGACAUCGAUGAGUGCAGCAGCCGGCAGAACGACUGCACACGCGAGCAGAUCUGCGUCAACACCUAUGGAGGGUUUCAGUGCGUCAAAGUGGAGUGUCCAAACACACGGGACGCCACCUACGCCAAAACAUCUGCAGUGCGCUGUGAGAGGAACCCCUGCCCCGCAGGCAGCAGGAGCUGUUCUCAGGCCCCUAACUCUGUCUCCUUCCACUACCUGUCUUUGGUGUCCAACCUGUCGGCGCCGCGGGUCGUGUUCCGCAUGUCGGCCAGCAGGAUGAUCGGAGACUCGCUGCGCUUCGCUGUAUCAGGAGGCCGCAGCCGCCGGCACUUCAGCAUGCAGCGUUUGGACCGCCAGACGGGGGAGCUGCUGCUGACCGGGCCGGUGCAGGGACCCCAAACCCUGGAGCUGGAGCUGGAGAUGAGCGAGCUGGAGCGCAGAGAGCUGCUGGGCCGAUACGUCACCAAACUCAAGAUCUUUGUCUCCCAGUAUGAGUUCUAGAGUUCAGCUGGAGAACCACUGACACUCCGGCGGGUCAGCACACACCGGCCUGCGUAUAUUCUGACACACAGGAGUGAGUCUGUAGUCCGCUUCAAGACAAACGCAUUCGAUGCUGGAGUAGAACAGAAGUUUACUCCUCUGCUGUGAGUUAACGAGAGUUUAGCCGUGAGAUAAUACCUGUCUAGUGUGCGCAUGUCUCUGUCUUAUUCACAUGUCCAGAGCCGAUCGGCAACAACAGACAAAAAUCCACAAAUGUGUUGAUUAAUGAACUCAUAAUGAUGCCAUUUACAUUUACAGGCCUGUUAUACAGAAAUCACUUCUAUACGGGGUUAAACACAGUAGUGUGUGUGUCAGCAGUGUGUGUGUGUGUGUAUCUCCAGCAGCCUCUGAUGCUCAUCAUGAGUGAACUGUGUUCAUUAUAAUCAGACUUGAUGCAGAAACACUGUGAUGGACAUUCUCCUGCUGUACCUGUCAUCAGAGGGGGAAAGCCCCGCCCAUUAUUCUUCAUCUCAUUAGCAUGUCCAGCAGCCCUGAGUGAGAAGCAGCCGUCUGUCCAUUAGCCAUCAGAGUGUUUGAGCUGCUGAAGAUGAUGUCAGCAUAGACUAAGAGGAUUAUAGAUGUGGAGUUCUAGAUGAACAGAGACAGGAGAGACAUAGACUGACACAAGCAUCAACACACACACACACACACUGAAGCACACACACACCUGACCAGCACUCACAACACACACACUGCUGAUUUACAGCUGUCACUAUGCUCAUGCAUAUGCAUCUGAAGCUCCGCCCUCUUCAGAAAGAACUCAAUCACAUUUGCAUUUAAAGCGACAGUCAACAAAAUACCAAAAUUAGGAUCAAAGGGUCAGUUUCAGAGAGAACAUUAUCUGUGUGCUAAAACACACACACACACACACACACACACACACACACACACACACACACACACACGCACACACACACACACACACACGCACACACACACUUACAGCUUGUAUAAGUGCAGAACAGGUCUCCUUUAACUACAGGCUCUUGUCUUGUCUAUUGUCUCUUGUUUGUGCUCUUGAAUAUUAAUCAACAGUUGCAGCUAUUAGUGUAAAGCAAGGGUUUUCUCCUAAAAUGAAUAAAUAUUAACCAAUAAAGAGAGGUGAUGCUCAUA